AUGUCUCGACGAGCCACGAUCACGGAGCAGAUGGCGCAAGAGCAUUCGAUCCCUGGACUACCGCGUAGAGCCAACGUGUUCAACGACGGCACUUCUCCUUUCGAGCAAGACUCUGUACAACAAAAAGCCAACAUAGACGAUGAGCAGUCUAUCCCCUCUCAUGCGCAUGUCAACACGGAGACCACUGGGAACGACAACGCCAAAGAUGACGACGGCUCGUCCAGUAGUGAUUCUUCUCCCGAGAUCGAUACCGCGCCAGUUGACCUGAUCGAUCUUGUCAACAAGUACGCAGUUCUGGAGAUCGACGAUCAGGAGCUGGAGAAGGAACUGCUGAAGGGCAACCCUUAUAGAUCAGCAAAUGCCAAGAAAGGUGUUCAGCAUGACCAACGAACCCUCACAAGUGCCGCAGACAAGCUUCGCCAAACCUGGAAUGGAGUUCUGAACAAUUUUGCAGAUCAAUCGAGGCUGGGAGAGUAUGUAGCUGACAAGUGCACGAAGUACAUGCGAUUGUACAAGGAAUCGGAGAAGGAGAAUCAGUCACUGAGAGAUGAAGUGGCCCAACUUCGUGAUACUCUUGAGGCCCUUGAGCCACCGAGAAAGAAACCAAAGCACAGUGCUGACUCCGAAAGCGUAUCGUCUGCAAUCAAUCAUGGACAAUCGGAGGACAACACUGAUCGAUCGAUGGUCAUGAUACCUGAAGCUGAUCAAACUUCAAAGCUCCCUGGAUCGGGAACCAGUCUGCCGUUACGGCAAAAAUCUGUGUCGACAGGUCAGAAGGUCCUCCUGAGAUUACCAGUCUGGCUGCUCGACGCAGCAAAAGGCCCCAAUGCCGCCGAUACCAACAAUGUUUUCAGAUGGUUUGCUGUGGUCACCGUAGAAGUUGAGCGAAGCCUCGACGGAAAGGUGACGUUAACAUCCAUCCAGAAUGCUUUAGCGGCUAUUAUGCAGAGUCAGAGACUGAACAAUGAUCUGAAGGCAUCGCUAAUUGUCCGUCACCACUAUAGCAAGGGAGAGAACGCGGGUACAGCAACGUGGGUGAUCGCGAACGCAACCAUUUUCUCAGGCUGGAUGGAGAAUCGCCAAGCUAACACCAUCGGAUCCUACGAUACGACCGCCAGCUUUGACACUGGCAUCAAGGCUGUUGUGUACCAGGACGGUGACUAUCAGGCCGUCAAGCAGUUGAUCAACAAGUCUGGAUCACCACUGCAGACUUCCAUCGACAAAGCCAACGACUUGUGA